AUGUCUUCGACAAUGACAACAGUGCCGGUAAAUUCUUCAAAUACCACAUCAUCAUCAUCAUCUUCAUCAUCAUCGAAUAAUAUCCGUCAUCAUAGUAGUAGUAGUGGUGGUGAACAACAACAACAACAAAUUGUACCAUUUACUAAUUUAACAAAUAAUCAUCAACAAAAUUUAAUUGAAAUUAAAAGCAAAUUUGAUGCUGAAUUUCGUCGUUUUUCCAUUCAACGUACCGAAAUUACAAAUUUAGAAGAUUUUGUUAAAUUAAUUGAACAUUUUCAUAAUCUUUUUACAAUACCAUUUUGUUUAUUUUAUACUGAUCCAAUACAUGGUGAUUUAUUACCAAUUAAUAAUGAUAAAAAUUUUGCAUUAGCAAUAGCAUCAGCUAAACCAUUAUUACGUUUAAUCGUACAAAGAAAAGGCGAAAGUAUCGAUUAUCUAAAUAAUUAUGGGAAAAAGAAAAAUUUUUUAGGAAAUAUUUUACCAUCAUCAGUAUCAUCAUCAUCAUCAGCUAAAAAUCGUUUAGCUAUAUCGGCACCGGAAGAUUUUCGUCAAGUUUCAUCAAUUAUUGAUGUUGAUAUUGUACCGGAUACAUGUCGUCGUGUUCGUUUAGUAAAACAUGGUUCAGAUAAACCGCUUGGUUUUUAUAUUCGUGAUGGUAGCUCAUUUCGUAUUACUGAACAUGGUUUUGAAAAAGUUCCUGGAAUAUUUAUUUCACGUUUAGUUCCUGGUGGUUUAGCCGAAAGUACCGGAUUAUUAGCUGUUAAUGAUGAAGUAUUAGAAGUAAAUGGUAUUGAAGUUAAUGGUAAAUCAUUAGAUCAGGUUACAGAUAUGAUGGUUGCAAAUUCUUCAAAUCUAAUUAUUACUAUUCGUCCGGCCAAUCAAAGAGCACAUGCAGCUGGCCAUCAUAAUACACUUUCUUCUUCGUAUUCAUCAAAUACGAUUUCAAAUUAUCCACAUCAUCAUCAUCCUAACCAUCCUAAUCAACUCCAUCAUCAUCAACAUCAUCCAACAGGAUCAACAGCAGCAUCUUUAGGAAUAAAUCAAUCGAUGACAAUCGAUACAAGACAUCCACAACAUCAUUAUCUUAAUCAUCAAUAUUAUAAUCAUCCACAUUAUCAUGGAACAAAUAAUUCAAAUGUUUCACAUCAUUAUACAAAUAGUUUAGAACGAUCUGGACAUCGUUCAAAAGUAUCACAAGUAGAUUAUUAUGGUAAUAUGUAUAAUGGUCCUAGUACGAGUAAUACUACUAAUAAUAAUAAUCGAAAACCCGAUCAACCGCAUCAAUUUUUAUCAUCAGCAUCGGCCGCUGCGGCUGCAACGACAACAACAGCAACAACGUUUCGUCCACAUGCUUCAACAUCAUCAGCUUAUCAAUUACAUGCUCAUUCAAAUUAUUCACAUCAUCCGCAUCAACAUCAUCAACGAACACAUUCAACGGGUAUGAUUCAAGUGAUUGAAAAUGAUGAUGACAACGUUGAUGAUGAUGAUGAUGAUGAUGAUGAAGAUGAAGUACGAGAUCAUUUUAAUGCUGAAUCAACAAUAAAUUCUUCGACAGCUAAUAAUAAUAAUAAUAAUGUAACUAUAACGACAAUUGCUACAGCUAUAACUACAUCAACGCCACAAAUAUUUACAACAAACGUAUAUACAUUAUCAUCUAAUCCUACAAUGGUCGAAUGUAUUACGAUUGGUCCAUCAACAUCGACAUCAAAAUCAUUGAAUAAUAAUAAUAAUAAUAUCACUAAUGGAAUCAAUAUUGGCCAUCAAUCACCAUCACCUUAUGUUAGAAAACGAAAUAAUUCAGAUGUCAAUAAUACAACGACGACAAUGUCGAUUAGUAAUCAACAACAACAAACACCACAACAUUACUAUUUCAAUAACAACACUAAUGGUACUCAUCAACAACAAACUGCCAACAACAAUAACAAUAAUCUAACAUCGACGACGCAAUCAACAAACAACGAUUCUGAUAUAGUUACAUUAUGAAAUUGAUUGAAAGAUUUUUUUGGCCGCUUAAUUAUCAAAAGAAAUCAUAUGUUGUUAAUGUUUUUUUUUCAUCUUUUUUCUCUAUUUUUUUUCCUCAUCUUGAUCUGUAUUUUUAUGGAUUAGAUUGAUCCAAAUUGCUCAUUUUCACAUACCUGUUUGCCUUUGCACUCACACACACACAGACAUUCAACAGGAGAUUUUUGAAUUUUUUUCAAAUUCUAUUCAUUCCAUUGAUAAACAGAAGACUUUUUUUUCUCUUUUUAUGAGCCUUUCAUUCAUUUGAAAUAUACCAAAAAGAAAAAAAUUUUUUUCACUCAA